ACCUGACUGUCGCCUCGCAGUGUAGCAUGGACUCGUGUGGCGCACACUUCUUUUAAAAGUGGUAGCACGCGCGGUUUCGAAUAUUUGCUUUUAUUUUCGGCGUACCCAAUUAUGUAUACGCGAGUGACAGUUGACGAGUGUGUAAUGUUUGCCGAUUGACAAUCCUUCGUGUGAUAUGAAUCGAGAGAACGAAGAGAAUUCGCGAAAUUUCACCGACCUAGAGUUUCUCAUCCGUGAACGGUGCACUCGUUUCGUACGCGGGGUUCUGUCCUAUGCGCAGUAAUUAUGACAAUUCGUUCGAUCUGCGCACGUAUCGAAUUUGUGGCGUCAAAGGGACAACUUCGCGUUGUAUCGGCAAAUAAAAUUUAAAUGCGGAGAAAUAAUGCCUAAAUCACAAUCGAAAUAGCGUUGUGCGAAUUUUAUAAUCGUAUUUUGUCCUAUUAUCAUCGUGUUUAUCGCGUUUUUAAUAAUAUGCGAGGAUUAGCAUUCGGUAUACGAUUGCGGUAUUCGAACUUCCCGCUUCGAGCGUUCGAUAUUUUCGAGCUUUCCUCAUCGAAAUUCCGAUUCUCGCGGUUUGCGAAAAUGUGAUCGAAUGGCGUAUCCCGCGUCGUGCGACGGAUUUUUCGUGGCCGGAAAACGCAUAUUUUCGUGAUCAAAAUGACGGUGAACCGAUCGGUGAUAACAAUAGUGUUAAUAUUAGUGACUUUCGUGAUUGUGUUAGUGCAUAUGAAGGAUGUGACGACACUGGAGUACGACAAUCUUCUUUUGGCAAACGAGACCAACGCCAAGCAUCGCGUCCAUACAGAGUCCUCGAUCGGCGAUCAUCGUCAGGGCCGCAUGUCCCUGCAGGCCGAGCUGCCGUCGUCCAAGGCGAAGAGGGAGCAAGCGCUUCGCAGCAUCCUCGCUGCGAGAAGGCGACAGAUCUUCAGCCAGCGGCCAAUCUCGGAAUCUCGGAACCUGAACCGCGCACCGAGACCGUUCGACGCGUCCGCGAAAGACGCGUCGAUCGACGUUCUCGAGGCCCAGGAGACGAGGCAUGGGAUGUACGUAACCGCGGCUGCCGGCAAACCGGGAGACGAGGAAGCAUCGGGCGGGAUCGACGGGGGCGAGGCAACGUCCAGCAGGGACGUGGACAUCGAGUUCGUGUCGAGGGACGAGGAACUGGGGAAACGAAUCGUUGAGCAGAGUUCGACGGGGAAAACGGGGAACGUGGAUCGCUCGAUCGGCGACAAGAGCUCGUUAUCCUAUCCCCCGCCCACCACCUCUCUCUCGUCCCUCGUCCCCAAUCAAAAAUCCUCCGACACGGAAACUCGUGGAAAGAACACGGUCCCUAUGCCCGAGUCGCUCUACAAUUAUUUCAGGCCGGUCGAGAGUAACAUACCGGUCGAGGACAUGUCGCAAUUCCUCUACUUCGGGCAGAAGAUUCAACCGGAAAUACAGAACGGGACGGGUAAUAACAACGAUACGGCCGAGUCGACGGCGAGCGCGGCCAACUCCAGAAGAAGGUACUCCAUGAAGAGGAAUUUCGGCGCGACGACAACGGUGCAACCGGUGGCCAGGUUGGAGGAGAUGAUCAACGAGGAAAUGAACAUCGCUGUGGAACGACAGACGGUGGAGAAGAACAAGGUGUCGAAGAUGAAGCACGCGUUCAGAGGGGCGGAAAACGGGGUUUACUACAGGAAGGCGAGGCCUGCGGAGGCGACGAUCGCCUCGAACGUUAUUGGAACGGGGAACGGUACCACCGGUGGAUCGGACCCUGCCGUGGAAAAUAAAUUUCGCGACGAUAACCCGUCCGCCCACGUGGACCCGCUGCGGCGCGAGAGAGGAAUGGCCGCCGCCGCCGCUGCCCACGUGGCCGUCGAAACGUGGAAUGCGAGCAACUCGACCCAGAUACCGGCCGGGCAGCCCGUUUCCGCGAUCACGCGCGAGCGGAACGGGGCAGAAAGUGAAAUCAAGCUGAAAGAUCGUCCCACGGACGCCUCGAACAAAUCGAAACCCGUAUCCUCGACCGUGAACGGCGUGAACGAGAAACCGUCCAAGGUUUAUCCUCGAAAGAGGAAGAGCAACGAUCCAUCGUAUCUCGAGGACGAGAUAGCCUUCUCGAAUCCCCGAGAAUCGUUGGAGGUGGAGGGAACCGAGAAAGAGGGGCGAGGGAUCGACGAAACGACGACUGGCAACGGAAGUGGGAAUCGUACGAGGCACAGGACCGUGUAUCACCAUCCCAUUUUGCCCGAAUACAACACCUCGGUGUAUUCGAGCGAGUUGAACAGGACGUUGUUCGAGACCGGACUGAUAUCGGUCAGUCCGAGGGAGUCGGUGAAUAUCAGUGAAGUGAUAUCGAAGAGGCACGACGGGGACGCGAUCGCGUCUCAGGAGACGGUCGCCGUGGUCAGCUACAUCUUGGCGACGUUGGUCGUGUUCCCGAUCGCCGUCGGCGUUGGCCUAAUUCUUAGAAGACUGAUACUUAGGAAUCGUAAGGUGCUGGAGGAAUCGGAUACGUCGUCGGAAAUAAGUUGCAGGAAGGAUGCUUUGAAUCUGGAGAAUGGCGACUUCAAAACGUCCAUCGAGAAAGCGAUCACGAAACUUCCUAGGAUACAACACUUGUGUCACGAAGCGGAGAAACCACCGCCCCCUUCGUCUCAAGAAUCCAGAUGGGAGUUUCCUAGAGAUAAGCUUAGGUUACAGACGGUCCUCGGCCAAGGAAACUUCGGCCAGGUCUGGAAGGCUGAAGCGGAUGAUUUGACAGGUCAUCAAGGGACGACCCGGUUAGUGGCCGUGAAAACGGUGAAAGAGGGUGCUUCCGAACGCGAGAAGGAGGAUCUGGUUCGAGAACUGGAAAUCAUGCAGCAGCUUGGCAGCCAUCCGAACGUUGUCACUCUUCUUGGUUGCUGUACGGAACAAGAGCCUCAUUAUCUCAUACUCGAGUACGUGAUGUACGGGAAAUUGCUGGCCUAUCUUCGAGAUCAUCGCACCAGGCAGGAUUUCUACAAUUUCAGCGAGGACUCCGCGGCGCUCACAUCCAGGGAUCUCACUGUGUUUGGGUACUGCGUGGCGAGAGGGAUGGAGUAUCUUGCGUCGAAAAAGAUCAUCCACCGCGAUCUCGCCGCGAGGAACGUGCUCGUGGACCACAACAAGCUGUGCAAGAUCGCUGACUUCGGUAUGUCCAGAUUCGCGGACGGGGAUGGAGAGGUGAUCGAGACGAGACAUGGCAGAAACGCGUUGCCGAUAAGGUGGAUGGCGCCCGAGUCGUUGAUCUACUCGCUCUUCACCACCAAAACGGACGUGUGGAGCUUUGGUAUCUUGAUGUGGGAGAUUGUCACCCUGGGUUCGACACCGUACCCGGACAUGACGGCACGGGAAGUGAUGCGGAACGUGCAGAACGGUUAUCGACUGGAGAGGCCUUCGCACUGUCGAAGCGAGCUGUUCAGAGUGAUAUCCCGGUGUUGGCACGCCGAUCCAGACAGGAGGCCGGAAUUCCAGACGCUGAGAAGGGAUCUGGCCCAGCUUCUCGAGGACAAUAUGAACGGACAUUACGUGGACCUCGAGAGUUUCGCAUCCGAAUGCACCGAUUGAGCAUUCACUUCGAUUCAACCGAAAUCCCUUGGAAAUUAUUUUCCGUUUCGAGAUCAUUGAGACCAUCGCGCGUGGAUCUAAUAUCGAUAUCGAUAUUGGUGGACAUUUGCGAGAGCGAUGUUCAAUUGAAACAACGCGAAUACUUUUUUGAAAUCGAUUCGUUUAUAAGAUAUCGACACUUAAUCGAUAAUUGUACGAGUGGCGUGAUAUUUGUGUUUAUGUAUGAGGUAGCCUGUUGGGGAGGAUUGUAAACUGGUUUCUUUUAACGCGACUUUUUACACGCUUUGAAAACGGAAAAGCAGUAAAUUAUGAAAAUUUUUA